UUCCAUAACUCACUGCCCGUGCGAGGGGCUCCGUGUGGCUCUGCAGAGCACACGUGCGGGGUAGUGUACGACGUGCCCAUCUCUGGCAGUGACUGCCGCGUCAGGCCACGCACGUCCGAGCCAGCUCUGCCGACGUGUUGAGCUGUGGCUGGCAUCGCGCACUUGCUCUGCUUUACUGCCCUGUCACCCGUGUCCCCUGCUUCCAUGCCUGUCUUGUGACCCCGUCCCAGGCCCAGUGAGGUUUCUGGUAUCUGCCACGACUCUACUUCCAUGCAGAGGGCUUCCGUCUCCGCCCUGGAGCACGAAUGUUCGGUGCGUGUUGCGUGCAAUGUGCCGUCCUCCGUGGCCUGGCUAAUGUCACAUGUUUUCUGACGUGCCAAUGGCAUGUUUUCUAGGUUCAUCCUCUGUGUUAAAUGGUCAUGUGACCAGAUAGCUCUCAAAGGAAGGCAUGCAAAUGUCUUUCAAAUGUUAAAAAGCACAUGAAAGAAGCCCAGCCUCUCAGUGUAAGGGAAGUGCAGAUCAGGGUCACAGUGACAGUCCAAUCCAGUCGGACAGAAUAACAAGACUGGUGAGGCUGGGGCUGCCCCUGUCUGGCCAUGGGGAUGCAGAGCACUCCCAGGUUCUCCAGGGAUGGAUCUCUUAUGGAUCAUGACGGAUCUCGGAGUAGCCAUGGAACACUGCAAGAGGAUUGUUUUGUUUCAAACCAGAAGUGACUCCAAAGCAUCAGUAUCAGAACCCACACUCUCAGUAGACACAGUCGGCCCGGCCAGCAGAGGCAGCCCCCACUCAGAUCUCUGCAGAGGACAGAGGCCAGCGCGGGAGACCAUUACCAGAUGGCAGCUUGGGGCAGCCCGGAGUCUCUGACAACCAAAACUGCGCCUUCUCGGGCGCGUGCACAACGCUCAAGACAGGCCAGUCCAGGAGCCGUGAGUCAACCGCGCGUCUGUCAGUCCCACAAAGGACGCGGCCACAGGAGCAGCUGCAGCGCCUGCCCAAGCGCCAUGUUCUGCACGAAGCUGAAGGACCUCAGGGUCACGGGGGAGUGCCCCUUCUCCCUGCUGGGCCCGGGUCAGGCUACCAAAGAGCCCACAGAGCAGGCAUCAGGAAAUGCAGAGAGCCAGGAUGCUAGCCUGCCCAUGUGCCAGGGUGUCCCAGAGAAGCACCUCCCUCAGAGGAAGGCCAGCCGGGGCCGCGUCUACCUGCACACCUUGGCGGGGAGCAUCCGCAGGCUGCUUUUCCCGGAGUUCGAGUGGCUGAAUCUUGCCUUUCAGAGAACACUGGCAAAGCAUGACAUACAAGAAGGCAGGAAACCUUUGGAAAGAGAAGACUUUGAAGAAAUAAUUGCUGGCCGCGCAGCAGCAGCAGGGGUCCCAGCCGAGCUCAUCAAGACAUCGCUUGGUGAAGAGCUUUUCCAAAUGUGCUACGAGGAGGAUGGACACAUCCUGGGCGUGGUCGGAGGCUCCCUCAAGGACUUCCUCAACAGCUUCGGCCCCCUUCUGAAGCAGGGUGGCCACUGCCAGGAAGCAGAAGAGAGGGGCCAGCAUGAGGGUGCCUCCAUCCUGUGCCUGGACCAUGGCCCCGACAUCCUGAACGUUUACUAUUUCUCCCCCCAGAGGGUCACGGCCCUCAUCCUCCCCGGCAUCGUCAAGGCCGCUGCUCGCGUGCUGUAUGAAACCGAGGUGGAUGUGUCCUCGCCACCUGCCCACCCCCAGGACCUCAGCAGCGAGUGGGCACGCCAGCCCUGCCUGCUGCUCUCUGCACAUGUGACCAGCACCCGGCCAGCCCUGUCCCCAGGGAAACCCGCGUCCUCGCUGGCCAUCCCCGCCUCCCUCUUCUGCAAGACGUUCCCGUUCCACUUCAUGUUCGACAGGGAGAUGGGCGUCCUGCAGCUCGGCAGUGGCAUCCGGAGGCUGAUGAGCAGGAGGGACUUCCAGGGGAAGCCCAGGUUUGAAGAGUAUUUUGAGAUUCUGACUCCGAAAAUCCCCCCCACGUUUGACGGGGUCAUGACGGUGCUGAACCUGCAGUUUGUGGUACGCGUGAGGAGGGGGGACCACGCCGUGCCGAAGCCCUCCAGGGUCAUGGACCUCAAAGGCCAGAUGGUCUACCUCGCCGAGUCCAGUGCGAUCCUGUUCCUGGGCUCGCCCUGCGUGGACCGACUGGAGGACUUCACAGGGCGGGGGCUGUACCUCUCCGACAUCCCGAUCCACAACGCGCUGCGUGACGUGGUCCUGAUCGGGGAGCAGGCCCGGGCCCAAGAUGGCCUGAAGAAGAGGCUGGGGAAGCUGAAGGCCACCCUGGAACAGGCCCACCGGGCACUGGAGGAGGAGAAGAGGAGGACGGUGGAGCUGCUGUGCUCCAUCUUCCCCUGCGAGGUGGCGCGGCAGCUGUGGCAGGGCCAGGCCGUGCAGGCCAAGAGGUUCCAGCACGUCACCAUGCUCUUCUCGGACAUCGUAGGCUUCACAGCCAUCUGUGCCCAGUGCUCGCCGCUGCAGGUCAUCACCAUGCUGAACGCGCUCUACACUCGCUUCGACCAGCAGUGCGGAGUGCUGGACGUCUACAAGGUGGAGACCAUAGGUGACGCCUACUGCGUGGCAGGCGGGCUGCACAAGGAAAGCGAGACCCACGCCAUCCAGAUCGCGCUGAUGGCACUGCGGAUGAUGGAGCUGUCGGGCGAGGUGGUGUCCCCUCAUGGGGAGCCCAUCAAGAUGCGGAUUGGACUGCACUCCGGGUCUGUCUUUGCUGGAGUUGUGGGCGUGAAAAUGCCCCGUUACUGUCUGUUUGGGAACAACGUCACUCUGGCUAACAAAUUCGAGUCGUGCAGCGUGCCACGGAAGAUCAAUGUCAGCCCAACCACCUACAGGUUACUCAGAGACUGUCCUGGUUUCAUCUUCACCCCUCGGUCGCGGGCAGAGCUCCCACCGAGCUUCCCCAGUGAAAUUCCUGGCACCUGCCACUUUCUGGAGGACUACCAGCCAGAAGCACAUUCCAAACCGUGGUUCCAGGAGACAGACGUGCAGGAGGGCAACGCCAACUUCCUGGGCAAAGCGUCAGGCGUGGAUUAGAGAGAGCUGUGUGCUGUUCCCGGUGUGCAGGCCCGAGUCCUUCCAGGACUCACAGAACUCUGAGAGACCUUUCGGAUCGCAGAUGGCUAAGGAGCAGCGUCGGUCGGUUUCGGAGCCAUGCACAAUCCCCCCUCUCCCAUUUGCCAUGACAAGGCGUAGUCAUUUCAGCACUUCGACUCUUCUGUUUAAAAGCUGUCAUAAGGUGACUUCAUGGGAUGCUCUGUCACGAAACCCGCUUAGGUCUGCACGCACAGCUCGCACGUCACAUACAUGUUGAUUGUUGUGGCCAGCCGGCCGGCCAAGCCAGCCCGACGGCCACGCCUGGUCAUACCCACUCCGCAUUGGGGAUGGUGCUGCCACAGACAGUGUUCUGGACAGCAAUGGCAGUUUUUUGGUACGCAUCUCUUAUAAGCUCCAACUCUGUAUUUUACUAACUCCCUCAUGUAAUGGUUAGCGUGCAUCAACAGACAGGCUGUCUCAUUUUCUCUCCUGCACUUUUUUCUUUUCUUUCUUUCUUUUUCUUUUUAGAAAAUAAGCAAUUAGGGAUUAAAUGCAAUAUGAACAUAACAUAAUUGUAGUUAUUAUGUAAAUAUCAAAGGUUAUUUUUAGUUCUUGGAGGUUUUAGUCCUCCAUAAUACAAUAAGCCAUAACAAUAAAUAUUUCUUAUGUUUGACUUUUUUUUAAAUCCCAUACAUGGAAAGGCUGUUUGCACUCAUGUCAGCAUAAGUACAUAACUACUGCUAACUCGUUUAAGUAUUAUAAUAGCGGAACACUUAGGACAAAACAAGCUUGUCACCUUAACACAGGACUUCAAUGGCUCAUAAAAAAUGGAAUAGAAGUACAAGUUUAUUUUGGUGCAAAAAAUGUUUAAAUUCAUACAUAAUGUUUUUCAUGAACUUUCCAAAGUCCACCUUAUACUAAAAUAUUGUUCUAGUUUGGCUUAUUAAAUUUCAUUUAUUAGCAAGCUUGGUACCUGGGGGAUGGCCCAUGAAGUGUAGUAGUACAAUGUUCUCAGGCGUGCACACGUGAGUAUGUGCUCACACGCGGAGUAGCACGCACUGUACACACCCCGCACUUUCAUGUUGAGCCGUACGGAGUUCCAAAGAGAAAAUCUAAGCUCAGAAACAGAAAAUAAAUAAGACUUUUUAUUUUCCUGAGAGCUCAUUUUCCUUAAAUAUUUGUGAACAUUUAAUAUCUGUGUAUGUGCCAAGAGUCAGGUUUUUGACUCAUUAAGUUUACAUCUGUGAAUCUUAACAUUCUGAUUGAAAUAUGUUGGUAUUUAAAAAGAAGUUACUAGUGUCAACAAUGAAAAUGUUCCAGAGACUUUAU